UCCCCAACAUCUUAUCUUUCCAUACAAAAGUCAUGGAACGAAGCACCAAUAUAUCCCUCACCUCCCUCUCCUCCUACUCUCUACUGCAACUCAUCUCCUUAAUUUACUACUCCAUGGAAGACCAAUCACCACCUUCUUCACCUUCAACAACCCCAUCACCACCACCAUCUCCCCCUCUACCUCCAUCGCCUGCAAAAUCCUUCAAAACCUUUACAAUAACAGCUUCUUCAAUCUCCUACACCAAAUCGACCACCACAACCAUUGCAGCCAAAUUUCUGUUCAAAUCAUGCACAUCCUCUUCCCCUUCUUACAUCCUCCGUGACAUCUCUUUUACUGCAAACCCUUCUCAGAUCCUCGCCAUUGUCGGCCCAAGUGGAGCUGGAAAAUCAACUCUGCUAGACGUACUCGCCGCACGGACCUCACCCACACAAGGCUCUCUUCUCCUCAAUUCCUCCCCUCUAAACCCAUCCACCUUCCGCAAGCUCUCUGCUUAUGUUCCUCAACACGACGCUUGCCUUCCAUUGCUCACAGUCUCAGAGACAUUUGCCUUUUCCGCUCGUCUUCUUAUCCCCAGUUCAUCCCAAAUCGCUUCAAUUGUAACCUCUCUGCUUUCCGAGCUCCGUCUAUCUCACCUCGCACACACCCGCCUCGCUCAUGGCCUUUCAGGAGGUGAGCGGCGACGCGUCUCGAUUGGGCUUAGCCUCCUCCAUGACCCUGCUGUGUUACUCCUCGACGAACCCACAUCAGGGCUUGACAGUUCCUCUGCUUUCAAUGUAAUGCAGACUCUCCGAUCGAUCACCGCCUCCCGUUGCCGGACUGUUGUACUCUCUAUUCACCAGCCCAGCUUCAAGAUCCUUUCCACCAUUGAUAACAUUCUAUUGUUAUCUAAAGGAACUGUUAUUCACCAUGGAACCCUUUCUUCCCUUCAAGGGUUCUUGCUCUCCAAUGGGUUCACAGUCCCUCCACAGCUCAACCCUCUAGAGUACGCAAUGGAGAUUCUCAACCAGAUUCAUGAGAACAGGCCCAUCUCGCCUUCAGAAAUUGCAUUUCCUCCUCUAUCUCAUCAAAAUUCUUCAAUUUCUGUUUCAGAUAAUGAUAGAGGAGGAGAGAUCAGAUAUAAGAGCUCCAGGGUCCGGGAGAUCUUCACCCUUUACGACAGAUUUUGGAAGAUAAUUUACAGAACUAAGCAGCUUCUUUUGACAAACACAUUAGAAGCACUUGGAGUGGGUCUGGUAUUGGGAACGAUUUACAUUCAUGUGGGGUUCGAUAAGCAGGGAAUAGAGAAGAGAUUGGGGCUUUUUGCCUUCACACUCACCUUCCUUCUCUCCUCCACUACUGAAACUCUACCCAUCUUCAUUAACGAAAGGCCAAUCCUCUUAAGAGAGACCUCAAGUGGGGUUUACAGGCUCUCAUCACAUCUGAUUGCUAACACGCUCGUCUUCUUGCCUUACUUGUUAGCUAUCGCUAUAGUCUACUCUGUUUCUGUCUAUUUCAUAGUGGGCCUCUGUGCGACUUGGCAAGCUUUCAUCUACUUUGUACUGGUUAUCUGGAUUGUAUUUCUAAUGGGUAAUUCAUUUGUCCUGUUCUUGAGCUCUCUGGCUCCAAAUUACAUUGCAGGGACAUCACUGGUAACUGUGUUUCUGGGUGCCUUCUUCCUCUUCUCCGGCUACUUCAUCUCCAAAGAUAGAUUGCCCAAGUAUUGGCUUGGAAUGCACUAUUUCUCAAUGUACAAGUAUGCCUUAGAUGCUCUUCUCAUUAACGAGUACUCAUGCCUUGUCUCAAGGUGUUUGAUAUGGUACGAAGAGAACAAGACAUGUAUGGCUACAGGGCGUGAUGUACUGGAGACUAGAGGGCUUCAUGAGAAGCAGAAGUGGACUAAUAUUUACAUUUUGAUUGGGUUCUUCGUCUUCUAUCGCGUUCUUUGUUUGGUGGUUUUGAUCAGAAGGGCUUCCAGGUCGAAGAAAUAAGGCCAGUUUGGAGUCAAUUGCAAUCUUUGAUUCCAUGAGUAUAGAAUGAGAAUGCGAGGUAGUACUAGUGAUCCACAGCCAAAACCAGAACUAUUAAUUGAUGAAUUCACGUGAAGAGGAUUAAGAAAAGAAGGUGAACCCGUGAUCAAAGUGCUGAUGCAGUACUUGGCCUGCAAUUGAGCUAAUGGACAAACAGAAAAGCUCUGCGACAAAAGCCCGUGGUGGUGUUAGUGUGGUGUGGUGUGGUGAGGUGAUGUUGAGUCACGACAACUACCAUUGCUGUGUGGCUUGUGGGUUCCUCUGGGCUCAGGCCUCAACUCUUAACCUCAUGACCAUGCUUGUUUAUUGAGGAACAUUUAAUUAGAAGCUGUUCAAUUUCUAUAAUGCUACAAAAGACUAUCACAAGCAUUACUUUUGGGUUCUACCAAAAAUAAAUAAAAAUUUUAGGGUUUUGUUUUUA